CAUCACAUUGCCUUCGACGAAGUAUCAAAGCAAGUGCAUCACCUAAGAGAUGUUAUACUAUGGGAUAUUCAGAGUGGUUUUGAGAUGCAAUCUCAAUGUUAUGACUUGGAUGAAACUAGUUUCUUCAAUCACAUGAUGUUUACAAAAUUUUGGUUUAUCCGCGUCUCAAGUGUAAACAAGAAACGCUUCUGCCUGAUGUUACUGGAAGACGACAUUCCCUGCGCAUGGACGCUGUCUCUGUUGUUGAAAUCUAUCUGGAAUUGUCGUCCGAAAGAUGCCGUUGCAUCCCAGUCUGAAGCCACUGUGUGGACCAGCUAUGAUCAGACUCCCAUGGAUCACAACAGAACGGCGGUACCUUUAGAGAUGCUGGUAGAAGUGAUGGAAGCGGAUCGUAAAUUUUUUCGAACCCUGGACUCGAGUCACAAAGCCGAGUUCAUGUCAGAGCUGCUCAAGAUCGCCGGGGGUCCCAUCGUGUGGGCUGUGUUUGACAAAGCCCAGGCCAUUUUCGACGAGUAUCGCGAGGAACAACUCCAGAAUUUACAAGAGAGUGCAGCGGUUAUUGAGGGACAGGAGAGUACCGUUAAAACAUCGAUGGACGAUAAGCUGGAGCUAUGUUUGGCUCAAUGGAGAUCUAUCAUCAAGUCUAUGAAAGACAGCCAAAAACUAGAGGAAGUCGAGUUAAUCUUCAGCGAUGGGACGAAGAAGAGGAUUUGGAAGAUUAACAGACCUAAACCGGAAGUCACUGAGACUGUGGAUUAUCUUCAGUUAUUACCGCAAGCGGUGGCCAAGCGAAUAUUGUAUUUUGUGCCCCAGACACAACUGGCUGACUGUGCGCGGGUCAACAGAUACUGGGCGUACCUCGUCGACGACCUCAAGUCCGAACUCGCCGCACGUCUCAAGAUUGAUAUGGACAUUGAGAAGCUGACGGAAAUUAUGCUCCGUCAUGAUACAAUGGACCAGAGUAUGGGCACGUUUAACACCGUGACUACGGCCUCCUGCAGUGCUCUCGGGUUUCGGCAGUAUGUAAAGCGGAAGAAUUACUCCCAGCAGGCUAGCCAGAAGUCUGGGGCUACAAAUAUAUUAAAACGCGUUUUGCGGGAUACUAAAAUUAAGCUGCCUCCGAUUCGUAAUCUGGCAGAGCUUACGGAGAGGCUAGACCGCCGGGGAGCGGCCGACGAUAGUCUGAGGGAUUGGUGCAGGGCUGUACUCGCACAAUAUCCCGCAAAGGAUGGGACCAAUCUACCCCCCAUAGAAAGAGAAUGGUUGCCAGUGGAUAAUGGCAUCAUGGACUUUGCCGGCAUCACUUUCCCGUGUCCUUUGAUGAGUAUGAGCUUGAACCUGCCGCUCAAACCGCCGCUAUUCAAGGAUCCUACAGCUACAUCCUCGAACAAGAGAAAUAGAACUUCGAACAUCAAUGCUUCAAAAGUCAACUUUUUAAAGCUGGACAAGAAGGGCUGCAAACGUUACAACCUUUGGAGCCGAGACUUUUCAAGCCUGUAUACCGCUUCGAAAAUUGCUAGUUAUAAAUCUCCAGUUUAAAUUGACGA